UUGACGAUAAACCUCGAAUUUGGCAAAGUAAACAAAAGCAAAUCCCUUAAAGAAAUCUGAUAAAAAUUCUAGAUAUGAGUAAUAGCGAGGACUCGCAACAGUAUCUGAACGACAUGCUGGUCAAGGAGGAGGACGAAGCGUCCGGCGACGAUUCAGACAAGCAGGAUGGAGGGAUAAUGCUUCGGGAACAGGACCGAUUUCUGCCCAUUUGCAACAUCAUUAAGAUCAUGAAGGUGCCGGUGCCGCAGAACGGCAAGAUAGCCAAGGAUGCACGAGAGUGCAUCCAGGAGUGCGUCUCUGAAUUCAUAUCCUUCAUUAGCAGUGAGGCCAUCGAACGUAGCGUUGCCGAAAAUCGCAAGACAGUCAAUGGGGACGACCUGCUGGUUGCGUUCAGCAAUCUGGGAUUCGAUAACUACGUGGAACCUCUGUCUAUUUACCUGCAAAAGUACCGAGAGUCAAACAAAUCUGAUCGUAAUCUCUUCCUGGACGCCAAUUAUCCACACAACGAAGAUGGAUCGUCCGCAAACGAGGCGGGAAAACAGUAGCCCCUUGUUCACGUGCUCUGUUAGUUAAGGUUCUUCUGACAGUAAAGAAAUAUUUGUUUAAUUCCAAGUGUUUUGUUAAGUCCUAACAGUAUAAAUUAGAUUUAGAUCCCGCAAUCACCAUUUAAGUUAAAAGUAUCUUUAUUAUUCUUUGCAAUUAUUUAAUUAUUCAUUUUCUAGACUGUCAGACAGUGAUGAUUUUAUUUUAAUUGUAACUACAGAUUUUAUAUGCAUAAAUUAAUUUUUACCCUUCCGAUACAUAGUCACACUCAAUAUUAACGUCUCCGUACUAGUAACAAACAUGAAUUUAUGUAAUGCAUACACUUAGAAAAUAUUUACUCAUACCCUUAUAUAAAAUAUAUAUUAUACAUUAGUACACGAA